CAGAGUUUCUGACACCUUUUUGUAAAAAAAAAAUAAUAAAAAUAAAAAAAUUAAAGUGAUCAGUUUUAGUCAAUUUAACGUAAUUAAUAGAGAUGGCUGACCUAGAUAAGUGGAUAGAGAUCGCAAAAGAGUGCAAAUAUUUACCGGAGAAUGAUCUGAAGCAGCUGUGUGACAUAGUUUGUGACUAUUUAACAGAAGAAAGCAAUAUUCAUCCAGUAGAUCUUCCAGUAACAGUAUGCGGUGACAUUCAUGGACAGUUCUAUGAUCUCGAGGAGCUAUUUAGAUGCGGUGGACAAAUUCCUGAUACGAAUUAUAUUUUUAUGGGCGAUUUUGUGGAUCGAGGAUAUUACAGUUUAGAAACAUUCACUCGUCUGCUGACUUUAAAGGCACGAUAUCCAGGUCGUAUUACUUUACUUCGAGGAAAUCAUGAAUCAAGACAGAUUACAAAGGUCUAUGGAUUUUAUGAUGAAUGUCUGACAAAAUAUGGAAAUGUUAAUGCUUGGAAAGCUUGUUGUAGAGUCUUUGACUUGCUUACAAUUGCUGCAAUAAUCGAUGAAUCUAUUCUAUGCGUGCAUGGUGGCUUGAGUCCUGAAGUAAAGACGCUGGAUCAGAUCCGGACGAUUAAUAGAAAUGUUGAAAUUCCCCAUAAAGGUGCCUUUUGUGACCUUGUCUGGUCAGAUCCAGAAGAUAUGGAUACUUGGGCUGAAUCACCGAGAGGUGCUGGAUGGUUAUUUGGAUCUCUUGUAACUGAAGACUUUAUGGAACGUAAUGCAUUGGAACUAAUCUGUCGAGCGCAUCAAUUAGUUCAUGAAGGAAUCAAAUAUAUGUUUCAAGAGAAGCUUGUGACUGUUUGGAGUGCACCUAAUUAUUGCUAUCGUUGUGGAAAUGUAGCUUCAAUCUUGUCAUUUGAUACCAGCAAACAAAGAAACUGUAAGAUAUUUAAUGCCGUUCCUGAUACUGAAAGAGUUGUUCCACCCCAACGAAUUACACCAUAUUUUUUGUAAAUUCUUUGUCGCAUAAUCCCAUUUUGUAAGUUAUAUUAUUAUUAUACAGCUCAAAAAUAAAGACCAUAUCUGAAAAAUGUAAUUAACAGUA